AUGAAAGCGCUCGUCUACAAAGGCGAUGGCCAAUGUGCCCUGGAAGAACGUCCAAUCCCCAAGAUCCAGGAUCCGACGGACGCCAUUGUGAAAGUGGUGUAUACGACGAUUUGUGGCACAGAUACGCACAUCCUGCACGGCGACGUGCCCACGUGCACGCCAGGUCGGAUACUUGGACACGAAGGUGUCGGCAUCGUCCAUGAGACCGGCCCCGGGGUGGCCGGGUUCAAGAAGGGCGACCGGGUGCUGAUCAACUGCAUCACCAGCUGUGCGACGUGCACGUACUGCCGGCGAGGAAUGUACAGCCACUGCGUGCGUGGAGGCUGGAUCUUGGGCAACACCAUCGACGGCACGCAGGCCGAGUACGUCCGGAUCCCGCUGGCGGACAGCGGCCUACACCACGCACCUCCCGGAGUAGACGAAAAAGCACUGGUGAUGUUGAGCGACGCCAUCCCUACUGGCCAUGAGUGUGGGGUGUUGAACGCCAAAGUGCAGCCCGGGUCGACGGUGGCCAUUGUCGGCGCGGGCCCGGUCGGGCUGGCAGCGUUGCUGACAUCGAAGCUGUACUCGCCCAGCCUGAUCAUCGUGAUCGACCAAGACCCCAGCCGACUCAAGGUGGCGCAGAAGUUCGGCGCCCACCACACCAUCAACAGCGCCGAAACGUCGCCGGAGGAAGCGGUGCUGAAGCUAACGGACAACAUCGGCUGUGACGCCGUGCUCGAGGCCGUCGGCAUCGCCGCCACCCUGGAACUGGCCCAGGACAUCGUGGCCCCCGGCGGCACCAUCGCCAAUGUCGGCGUGCACGGCAAGAGCUGCUCGUUGAAGAUCGAGAAGCUGUGGAGUGCCAACAUCUCCCUCACCACCCGCCUGGUCGACACCGUCACCACCCCGAUGUUGCUCAGGCUGUGUGAGGCCGGAACCCUCCGCCCAGGCGAUCUCAUCACCCAUGAGUUUGCCUUCACCGACAUGGUGAAUGCAUAUACCACAUUCAAAGCCGCCGCCAAGCACGAGGCUUUGAAGGUGUUGAUCACGGUGUGA